UGUGCUCUGGUUUUAUUCUUCCCAGCUUAAGUGAGAGCUUUUUCAUGGUGAAAGGAGCAGCUCUCUUCUUACAACAGGGAAACAGCCCUCAAGGCCAGCGGAGUCUUCAGCACCCCCACAAGCAUGCAGGGGACCUGCCCCAGCAUCUUCAAGUGAUGAUCAACCUCCUGCGUUGUGAAGACAGAAUCAAGCUGGCCGUGCGCUUGGAGAGUGCCUGGACAGACCGGGUCCGGUACAUGGUGGUGGUAUACAGCAGCGGGCGCCAGGACACUGAAGAGAAUAUCCUGCUGGGAGUUGACUUCUCCAGUAAGGAAAGUGGAUUCAGUGUGAGCACAGCAGGAAGGAUGCAUAUAUUUAAGCCUGUAUCUGUUCAGGCCAUGUGGUCUGCCCUGCAGGUGCUUCACAAGGCCUGCGAAGUGGCCCGAAGGCACAACUACUUCCCUGGGGGCGUGGCUCUCAUCUGGGCCACCUACUACGAGAGCUGCAUCAGCUCCGAGCAGAGCUGCAUCAAUGAGUGGAAUGCCAUGCAGGACCUGGAGUCCACGCGGCCCGACUCCCCAGCACUGUUUGUGGACAAGCCAACUGAAGGGGAAAUGACUGAGCGCCUCAUCAAAGCCAAACUCCGAAGCAUCAUGAUGAGCCAGGAUCUAGAAAAUGUGACCUCCAAAGAAAUCCGUAAUGAAUUAGAGAAACAGAUGAACUGUAACUUGAAAGAAUUCAAGGAAUUCAUAGACAACGAGAUGCUACUUAUCUUGGGACAGAUGGACAAGCCCUCCCUUAUCUUCGAUCAUCUUUAUCUCGGCUCUGAAUGGAAUGCAUCCAAUCUGGAGGAACUGCAGGGCUCAGGGGUUGACUACAUUUUAAAUGUCACUAGAGAAAUAGAUAAUUUUUUCCCUGGCUUAUUUGCAUAUCAUAACAUCCGAGUCUACGAUGAAGAGACAACAGACCUUCUAGCCCACUGGAAUGAAGCAUAUCAUUUUAUAAACAAAGCAAAGAGGAACCAUUCCAAGUGCCUGGUGCAUUGCAAAAUGGGCGUCAGUCGCUCUGCUUCCACGGUCAUAGCCUAUGCCAUGAAGGAAUUUGGCUGGCCUCUGGAAAAAGCGUAUAACUACGUGAAGCAAAAGCGCAGCAUUGCACGACCCAACGCGGGCUUUAUGAGGCAGCUGUCUGAGUAUGAAGGCAUCUUGGACGCAAGCAAGCAGCGGCACAACAAGCUGUGGCGCCAGCAGGCAGAGAGCAGCCACCAGCAGCCUGUGGAUGACCCCAUAGGACUUGGCGACUUCUUGCCAGAGACCCUGGAUGGCCCCCCAGACACCCGGCUGCCCUGCUUGGAAGAUGUCGCCCAGUCUGGGUUCCCAGGUGGCAGGGCCCCAGCAGGGCCUGCUCUCCCCUGUUGCUUCCGUCGACUCUCAGACCCCCUCCUGCCUUCCCCUGACAGUGAAUCUGGUAGCUUGGUCCAGCUCGAGGAUCUGGAGAGGGAGGCUCUGCUGGAGGAGGCAGCUCAGCCCACAGAAGUGCACAAGCCAGCCAGACAUGCCCAGGAAGGUUCUGGACUCUGUGAGAAGGACAUAAAGAAGAAACUAGAGUUCAGAAGCCCCAAAGCCCAGAGUUGCUCCUUGCUGCAAGUGGAGGAGAUGGACAAGGAAGAGGGUCUGGGAGGAGGGCAGUGGGGGCAGAUCCCAACCCAGCUGGACAGAAACCUGCUCAACCGGGAGAACCUAAAUAACAACAACAGCAAGAGGAGCUGUCCGGAUGACUUUGAGCAUGAUGCUAUAUUUGGGAUCCUUAACAAAGUGAAGCCUUCCUAUAAAUCCUGCACCAACUGCAUGUACCCGACAGCCAGCAGGGCUCCUGAGGCCUUCAAGGAGCCAUGUGAGGACCCUCGUGCUCCUGCCAUCUGCACUCAGCCAGCCUUCCUACCCCACGUCACAUCUUCCUCUGUGGCCCACACGGCCAGCAAGACCCGAGCUCCAGAGAAGCUGGCUUCUGGCCCAGCCGAAACUCCCCCAUUCCUACCACCAGCAGGCUCAAGGAGGUCAGACACCAGUGACUGUGGGGCUGGGGCUGCCCCAGAACUACCUGCUAGCCUAUUGGAACCUUCCAGAGAGACCCCAAAACUUCUGCCAAAGUCCCUCCUUUUGAAGAAUUCUCACUGUGAAAAGAGCCCUCCCAGCAUGGAAGUGGUGAAGGAAGAAUUGUCACCUAAGAGAGACCCAAAGCCAGCCAAGGACCGCAGGCUUCUGUUCAGUAAUGAGUCUGAGAAACCAACAACCAACAGCUACUUGAUGCAGCACCAGGAAUCCAUCAUUCAGCUGCAGAAGGCAGGCUUGGUCCGCAAGCACACCAAAGAGCUAGAAAGGUUAAAGAGUGUGCUCCCAGAUACGGCAUCUGCCUGCAGGGACAGCCCUGCCAGCAGGCUGGAGGCCAGCAUACCCGAGGAGAACCAGGAUCUGGUGGCUGUCCAUGAGCCAGGGUCCCCAGCUUCACCCAGCCAAGCUGGGAGGGAUGAGAAAGCAGAGGCCGCCCCUUCUCUGUUGGAAGGAGCCUCCCUGAAGAGCCCCACUCCCUUUCUCUACCGCCUGGAUCACACCAGUCAUUUCUCAAAAGAUUUUCUAAAGACCAUCUGCUACACCCCCACCUCAUCCUCCAUGAGCUCCAACCUGACUCGGAGCUCCAGCAGUGACAGCAUCCACAGCGUCCGUGGGAAGCCGGGGCUGGUGAAGCAGCGCACGCAGGAAAUCGAGACCCGGCUCCGGCUGGCGGGCCUCACCGUCUCCUCCCCACUGAAGCGCUCCCACUCUCUUGCCAAGCUCGGAAGUCUCAACUUCUCCACGGAGGACCUGUCCAGUGAGGCCGACCUGUCCACCCUCGCUGACUCCCAGGAUGCCAAGUUGAGCGAGUCUUCCCUCUUGCAUGAGCCCCAGGCAGCCCCAAAGAACCCAACUGCAACCUCCAAACCAUUAGGGAAAUUGGCCCCUGGAAACUUGAAAAGCCCCUCAUGGAUGGGCAAAAGCUGACCCACCUUUUGCUGCGUUGGGACGUAUAUUUUCAUAUGAUCCCUCCCGUAGUUUCACUGUGGAUUUUGGUCAGCCCCUUACAUCUUGAUUUCCCUUCGACAAUUGAAGUCAUCCUGCUCUCCCCCCGUCCCCCACCUUGGAGAGGAGGAGGAGAAGAAAAUAACUCACAUGCAGCACAAGAAGAAAGGGGAGAUGCGGUUGUGUAGCCCGGGAGAACCAGAAACUUGGCCAGUGGACACCACAUUCUGGUCCUCAAGUUCCAUGUUCUCAAGAAGAGUCAUGUUUUAAGAGCACAUACAGAUAUGCACACACAUCCAGAAUAUUCCAUGUGCAACAUGUGAAAGAAGAGCUGUGGUGAUGACAUCAUCACUGUGGCACAGGUUCCUAGCUCAUCCUGGCCCUUGGGGGAAAUCUCUUGGAUGGCAACAUAAGUCCUACCUCUGUUCUUGCUGUGCUUUUUAUUUUUAAAAUACAAGAAUGAGGCUCACUGCAGGGAAUAAUGCUGUUUCAGAAAGGGUUUUUCCAAAAAAAGAAUUUUUUUUUUUUGGUUGGGACCCCAGAAAUGUCACGACUUUUAGCUCGAUUGCACCAAGCAUGGCUAGGUAAAGUCAUCAGUGUAAGGCAUCCGGUGCCAUUGUUGAACUCACUGUGUGCCGAACAGCAGUCGUCUAUGCCGUUAAAGUUCUCUGUCCUCGUUUUUUUGUUACAGCUGAAUGAUGUGUGUUUGGCCAGUACUGCCGUCAGGUGGGUAGCAUGUAUGAGGUGUUCUCAGUUGUUGCUAAUGGUGAGGUUUAAAUCACCCCCAACUUUGAGGGGGAAGCACCUCAAAGUACUUUUGAGCCUCAAAUACUGCUGAACCAGAUGCAGUUGUGUUUAGGUUUCAAAAGCACUCAAGUGUCCAGCAGGGGCAGUGAUUCUGAAACAUGAUCGCCCUGCUGGGAGCCCCAGCACUCAGGUUCACAAGGUCCCAUCUGUUCAUUAUGGGGAGAGAAAGGAGAUGUCAGCAGUGAGGAACUUGUAGAUCCCUCUCCAGCAGCAACUCAGCAGUAGUUUCUCUGAGGAAUGAGACUGUUGAGCAGCAUCACAAAGCUUUACAGUCACCCCUUCCUGUAGCGAGACUUCUGCUCCCUGUUUCUCUCCAGCUCUUCCCAGUGGUAAUGGUGGAGUAAAGGAGGCAUCUGUAGCCUGAGCCUCAGCUCUGUGGGUAGCACCCAUAAGAGGCAGGUGAGCCAGAGAGACAUACAGCUCUGGGCUGUCAUUCAGCAAGGUUAUUAAAAUAUCCUGAAGAGAGAGAAGCAGCAGCUUGUUAGAAAGGCAGAAAGACUUAAUUUAGGGAGCAGCAAACUAUGGUGUAUGGCCCCAUGAGCUAAGAAUGGUUUUUACAUUUUUAAGAGGUUAAAAAUAAUAAUAAUAAUAAUAAUAUGCAACAGAGACCAUGUAGCCCACAAAGCCUAGAAUGUUUACUGUCAGGCCCUUUGUAGAAAAAGUUUGCUGACUCCUGAUUUUGUUGAACAACCAGCAAAUCUGAAGCCCUUCCCUGCUUCUUCAACACCUCAGGCCACACCCUUGCCUCUUCCCGACCCCAGGCCUUGCAGGGCACUCCAGCUUGCCACUCCUGUGCAGGAUGGAGCAGUUGUGUAUGCGGGGGACACUAUUGGCUAAAGCUUUCUCACAGUUCCAUCUUACUUCACAGCUGGGUCAGCCAGAUUAACUUAGUGAAACCAAGAAGCCUUCUAGGGCCAGCCAAAUUCUGAAAGUGGGUAAAUGAGUUGCCAUUUUACAUUGCAUAGAACUGGGCCCCUAAAGGAGCCAUUCUGUAGGGCACCCUGGGCAGGGUCUUCAGAAACAGCUUCUUCAUAUUUCAACCAGUGGGUAGAAUUUUUGCAAAAACCCUCUCUCUGGGAACUUUUUCUCUGAUGUGAUUCUUUUAUAUAUAUACACACACACAUUUUUAUUAAAAGGAAUCUGUUUUCCCACUAGUGUCCAUUGAAAUUACCUUAAAAGGUGAUUAUCCACUUAUUCCUGAAACCCUAUGGGUUUCCCCCUCCCUCAGCCAACAGAAGCAUAUUUUCAAAAAAAUACCAAGUUUUGCCAAAUUAAAUUUCAUAUGGUAGAUCAAUUUUUGUAUAAAAAUAAUCCUUUAAAUUUGGGAAUGACAGGCUUAUGUUGGUUUUAAACCAUGUCUGUGUAUGAGAAUGACAUCCUGUUGAAACUUUAAUUUUGAAAGUCAUAAUUUUUCUUACCCAGUUAGUCAGGGGUGUGUGGGAAGAUUACAAAUGCAAGUGGGUCUUUGGCUUUUGGCAAACAUCUAUUCAUUUCCAGAAGCCCAGUUAACAUGCCAACAUCUAAACAGACCAGGACACGGGUCCUCAUCACCACAGCAAAAUGAAGCAUUCUUGAUUUGAUGGUUCAUACCCUGGCCUGGAGAAAAGGAUAAGGAUUUUUUCCGAGACCCAGACCAGUUGCAUGUAAACAUACGGCAAAUUGCUAUUUAAAAUGUUAUACUAACAAGACGAACAUUCUGCCAGGCUUGGGGGUACCUUGGCAAGGACGAAUUCAUACUGGUCUCCGGAAAGAAAAAGUUUGCUCUGAAAGAUAUGCCAUGUCCUGGCUGAUGCUUUGUAUGUCAUCUUAGCUGGUAGGGAAAAUUCCAAACAUAAGUGACACAAGAGAGAGGCAGGCAGAGGUUUAGGCUGCGCAGGUCAGUGAUUUUGGUGACUGCCAUUUUGACUGAGCUUUUCUACAUCUUUUUUUUCGCAUUGAUACAGUAAGGUCUUCUCAUCAAGUUUUGAGUAUAAGUGGAUACUGGUCAUAAGGAGGGGGAAUACUAGGCUGCCCUCUGAUUGUAAUUUGACAGUGCAGAUUUCCAUUUCUUUGUCUUAUAGCUACUUCAGGGUCUUUGAGCAAUGUCCCUGGUUGCAUGAACUUCCUUAGAACAAGGUUUCUUUCUCUUGCAUUCCCUGCCUCUUUGCUCUGACCUUUGGGUAGGAGCCCUUCUCCGGGAUCCUGUUGCUCAUGCAUGUAGAUGACUCAGCACGUGUUCCAGCUAAAGAGCAUUCCAGUCACUUCUAAAGCCCUUUACCCCUGGAUAAGCCCAGAGGAGGUUGCAGGAUGGAGCUGAGGUUGAAUAGAAUAGACCUUCAGGACAACCCUGUGAUUGUGUGCUCUUGUCUCAGGGCCCAUCCUGGAAGGUGAAUGAAUCCUCUGCUCCCCUGGAGACCAUUUCUCCCCGGUGGGAACAAACACUGCAUCAUUUAGUCAAGAUCAUAUUAAGUAACCCCGCCCAAGGUAUGUAAAGAGGGAAUUGCUUCCUGUUGGCUGGAAAUUCUUGGUGCCAGAAUACAUUUCACCUGACCCUACUCUUUGGUUGGCCACCUAACAGGGCUCCCCCAAACACACAACCCAGUGAGGGCAUCCACUUUACCUCUGGCAAGAGAUCUAGGUAGAUGGGAAACUUGGUGACACCUGGACAGCCAGUGCAGGUUCACUUGUCCUGGUCCCUCCACCCAGUUCCUGCUGACGUUGCAGGCAAAAUGGAGGUCAUUGAAUUACCAUCAUAUAUAGCCCUUGUUCUGUCACUUUCUGCUCUGCAAUUGACCACCUAUGAGUAUGAGUCCAUCUACAUAUAUAUAUGAGUAUAUGUAACGAAUCAAAUUAUCAUGUGCUUCACUUCUCUGUCAUCCACACAUGUGCUGUGUCACCUGAGCUACCAAGCGAGUCCCUUGGCCGAUCUGGAGUAGUGCUAUGCAGUGCAGCCCCAGUUCAGUCUGGAGAUGAGUUCCUUGUUUUUGUUUUGCAGUAGGUGCUAUUGCCCCAGCUUCCGUCACUCCCUUAGACAAGAGUCUAGAAGCAGCUCACCAGUCCUCUACUGCCCUCUCUGUCAGCCUUGCUGCAUGAGAAGAUAGCUGCUUUCUCCCUCUUUUCCGACACUGUAAUUAUUGUUUUACAAUUGAGUGCCUUAAUAAUAGUUUACAAAUACUAUGUAUUUGUGCGAAACUGUUAAACUCUCAUCUUUUGUGAUUGGAUACUUUGUCUUGUCAGCAGUGGUUGGUAUUAGGACUUGAGCUUGUCUUACUCCAGACUUGUGUUUAUUCUGCUAUGCAGUUUUUACAUUGUGUGUUCACAGCUAUUCCAAGGAGUCUUGCUAGAAACAGCCCUGGUAGUUCCUGCCAACGAGGCAGGCAUUGGCCCAUGCCGUGUUCCAUAGUAGCCAAUGAAAGAAUGUAAUUUGGUUUGCUAGCCAGCUGGGGGGUGGCAUAGGCCAAGUAUCCUCUGAACCACAGCCCAGCACCUCACCCAUUGCCCUGAUCACACAAUUGCACUCUUGUUUAAUAGAGAUUUUAUUACCACCUAGGCCACCCUGUUUUUCUGCUUUGUUUGUGUCCUGAGCUCUUUUGCAACAAAAUGUAGGUACAGGUUCCCCCUGCCCUCCCCCACCCCCCCAAAAUCAGGAGCUCCUCAAGACAAGUUGAUCUUUGGUCUUCAGAAGCUGCCAGUGGGUUCCCGUGUGUUAUGUUACAGUAUCAAUGACUUUUUUAUUAUAUUGUUUUUCCUCUUGUUUUUUUUAUAUUAUGUAUUUAAAAGGCAGUAUCUUUUGUACUGUGAAUUUGCAGUAGAAUACGCAUAAUGCACUUUUUUUUUUACUUCUGUUGGUGUGUAUUGUAUAUAGUGUGCGUGCUUCUUGAAAAUAAACUUUUUCU